GUAGUAAAAGAUUUUCACUGAAAUCUAUCUUAGUAAAACACAAUAUCAUUCAUACUGGAGAAAAGCAGUUUGAAUGUGUCAUUUGUUCCAAAACAUUUGCAAGGAAAAUCUGAUUUAGUAAGUCACAUUCUCAUUCAUACAGGAGAAAAGAAAUUCAAAUGUGACAUUUGUUCUAAAAUGUUUUCUCAGAAAUCUUACUUAGCAAGUCACAUUCUCAUCCAUACGGAAAAAAAGUUUGAAUGUGACAUUUGUUCAAAAGAAUUUGCACAUAAAUCUUCCUUAGCGAAUCAUAAUCUCAUCCAUGAUGGAAAAAAAACAGUUUAAAUGUGAAAUUGGUUCCACAACGUUUAUGCAGAAAAGUAACUUAAUAAGCCAUAAUCUCAUCCAUACUGGAGAAAGGAAGUAUAAAUGUGACAUUUGCUCUAGAACAUUUGCAAGGAAAUAUCACUUAGUAAGUCACAACACUACCAUUCAUACUGAAGAAAAGCAGUUUGAAUGUAAAAUUUGCUAUAAAACAUUUGCACUGAAAUCUACCUUAGUAAAGCACAAUCUCGUCCACACUGGAGAAAAGAAGUUUAAAUGUGACAUUUGUUUCAAAAUGUUUGCUCAGAGGUACCAUUUAUUGAGACAUAUCCUCAUCCAUACUGGAGAAAAGCACUUUAAAUGUGACAUUUGUUCUAAAACAUUUGGACAGAAAUCUGGCUUAGCAAAUCACAAUGUCAUUCAUACUGGAGGAAAGAAAUUUAAAUGUGACAUUUGUUGUAAAAAAUUUGCAGCAAGAUCUUGUUUAGUAAGACACAAUCGCAUUCAUAGUGAAGAAAAGAAGUUUAAAUGUGACAUUUGCUCUCAAACAUUUAUACAGAAAUCUAACUUAGUAAGGCACAAUCUCAUACAUAAUGGAAUAAAGAAGUUUAAAUGUGAUAUUUGUUCAAAGACAUUUACAAGGAAAUCUGACUUAGCAAGUCACAUUCUCAUCCAUACAGGAGAAAAGAAGUUUAAAUGUGAUAUUUGUUCAAAGACAUUUACAAGGAAAUCUUACUUAGCAGGUCACAAUCUUAUCCAUACUGGUGAAAAGAAAUUUAAAUGUCACAUUUGUUGUAAAAAAUUUGCAAAGAAAUCUUGUUUAGUAAGGCAUAAUCUCAUCCAUACUGGAGAAAAGAAAUUUAAAUGUGACAUUUGUUGUAAAAAAUUUGUAAGAAGAUCUUGUUUAGUAAGACACAAUCUCGUUCAUACUGGAGUAAAGAAGUUUAAAUGUGAUAUUUGUUCAAAAACAUUUGCACUUAAAUCUUCCUUAGCAAGUCACAAUCUCAUCCAUACAGGAGAAAAGAAGUUUAAAUGUGAUAUUUGUUCAAAAACAUUUGCACUUAAAUCUUGUUUAGUAAGACACAAUUUCAUCCAUACAGGAGAAAAGAAGUUUAAAUGUGAUAUUUGUUCAAAGACAUUUACAAGGAAAUCUUACUUAGCAGGUCACAAUCUUAUCCAUACUGGUGAAAAGAAAUUUAAAUGUCACAUUUGUUGUAAAAAAUUUGCAAAGAAAUCUUGUUUAGUAAGACACAAUUUCAUCCAUACAGAGGAAAAGAAGUUUAAAUGUGAUAUUUGUUCAAAGACAUUUAAAAGGAAAUCUUACUUAGCAGGUCACAAUCUUAUCCAUACUGGUGAAAAGAAAUUUAAAUGUCACAUUUGUUGUAAAAAAUUUGCAAAGAAAUCUUGUUUAGUAAGGCAUAAUCUCAUCCAUACUGGAGAAAAGAAAUUUAAAUGUGACAUUUGUUGUAAAAAAUUUGUAAGAAGAUCUUGUUUAGUAAGACACAAUCUCGUUCAUACUGGAGUAAAGAAGUUUAAAUGUGA